ACUGACAAGAGUUGGCACGAGGAGUCCACCACCGCGUCUCGAGCCGGACUGUAUUUCCCGCAUCAGUCGUGACAAUCGUCAUUCGCACGCGAUAGCAAACAGAUACAAGUAUUUUUGUCAAUAAGAUUAUUUUUAACUUUGAGUGCAUUUGUAACUGGAGAAAAUAACUGGACGGAUUUCGGUGGAGAAGUCGACGUUUUUCGGGGUGAGAUGAUCAGUUGAUGCUUCUGGUGACUCAACAACGGAUUCUUGGGGUAGGAUCUGCAGAUCCAAGCAUCAAUCAUGUCUUAUUGUCUCCCCUUCCGGCUGGGGUGCUAGAGAUCAACGGGUCGAGUAAUGAGUUGAACCGCAACAUCGUCAGACAAUCCUCAACGAAUCGAAACGAUGUGCACGACAAAUGAGUUGAAAAUAUUCAGUGAUGCCUGGAAAGUGAAGUCACAAGUGUCUAACCUAAUGCAAGGAUGAAGGAGACCGAUGAACCGCGUGGCUCAUUGAGCGUGAUAUUGAUUAAUUGUUAUCGCGGGAACACCACGUGGACAUCGGCCAGAGAUUCUUAACAGCGCGGGGAGUGAAACCCUGGGUGAGCCAUGGGGAAUGGUAUGAACAAGGUAUUGCCAGGCCUCUACGUGGGCAACUACCGAGACAGUAAGGACGAGGCCCAAUUGAAGGAGUUUGAAAUAACCCACAUAUUGGCCAUCCACGAUGCAGCCCGUCGUCUUCAUUCCGAUAAACAUUACUUGUGCAUUCUGGCAGCUGAUACACCUGAUCAGAAUUUAACCCAAUACUUUCCCCUCUGCAAUGACUUUAUCCAUGCAGCACGACUCCGGGGUGGAAACGUCCUCAUACACUGCUUGGCUGGAAUGUCUAGGAGCGUGACAGUUGCGGUGGCCUAUAUCAUGAGCAUCACGAAUCUCUCGUGGAAAGAGGCACUCAAGGUAGUUAGAGUAGGUCGGACUGUUGCUAAUCCAAAUGUCGGAUUUCAACAGCAAUUGCAGGACUUUGAGGCUACUCGUUUGCAGGAGGAACGUAAGAGACUCAAAGAACGUUUUCCCUCACUCGCUUUAACUGCAUCCGAUGCAGAAGCUUGUAGAGCUACUCUCCGGAAUUACGAGACCCUGGCACUUGCGCGCGAGGUUUGCGAGGGAAAAUGCGCAAUGGGAAGACAGUGUCCCACUGGUUUGUGUCGGCAGCCCUCAAAAAGACAAUUGAGGAGAAAAUCAUCAACGAGUAGUACGGGUAGCUCAGGCUCUGGUCGCACACCCCCGCAGACCCCUCGUCUUUUACCGUCCGCCCCACCCUCACCAGCAAUGCCAAGGUCAUCUAGUGUUGUUUCGGCUAUUAGGCCAAGAAGUGGACCUGCUGGAUUUAACAGUUACACGGGCUCUGCACCACCCUCACGAGCGGUGUCGAGAGUGGAUUUAUCCGCGGCAGUUGCUUGCAGUAGCAGUAGCAGUAUGAGUCUCAAUACAGUAGGACGAUCUGGAGCAAUGGGAAGUACCUGGCGGGUCAUGGCCGGCUCAGCACCAACAACCCCCAGGACAACUCCACCAGCGUCGCCCCAGCACUGGCCACGACGCACCUCCCGACAGACACCCCAAUUACCAUCACAACCUGAAUCCAGUUCCUCGAUGUCAUAGCAUUAUGACAGCUUCGGAAAUUAUUUUUCGUAGAUUUCUCUUCAGGUUCGUUCGCUUUAAUUUCUCAAAAAUUUAUCGACAAUCGAUGAAAAAUCACGUCAGACUGGAGACUUGGAAAUUUUUACAUUUUUGAGUGCUAGUUUUACUUGAGUGUUCUAUGAAUUCGUUCGGGAAUUUAUGGCAUCGAAUCAUUUUUGAUCCAAGAUUAACAGUAAGUUCCCAUAAAUUUGGCAAUUAAUUCUAUAAAGAAGCCCUUGGAUACCCCCAUCUCAAAUCCACCCGCACGGCAUUUAUCAGAGAACGCACAGUUCAAAACAGCUGCAAAAAACAUUACCACUAGUAUAACGACAACCAUAAGAGUAAUAAUCGUCGAACUAAUUUGUUAAAAAAAAACAAAAAGUUUGCUUUUCAAUAUACGACCGUCCAAAUGAUUGUUGGUUUAUUGAAUGAGAGCAUUAGAAGCACUACCGCCAAGUUGUUAUGCCCGAUUACUAGAUGAACUAAACAUAAAGGGGGUUUGUAGAAAUUUUAUAACUGUUGACGAAGAAGAAAUUGUACAUACGGCUAAUGACUAAGUUUCCCAUUGGACUAUUAUUGCGCUAUAGUACUGCACAAAGCAUUAAACAAAUCGCCAAGUAAUCGAUGGUUAUUGCCAAUAAGGAUGAACAUUUAUGGGGAGAAAUAAUGAAUUUGAAUGAAUUGAAAAUAAUUACUCCAAGUAUUUUGAAUUUACUUCAACAAAAUUUCUAGUGGAAAUCUACAAACUCGUACUUUACUCAGCGGAAAUCGGACGAACAAUUAUUGAUUGCGCGAAAAUAAUAAUUCAUUCCCUCCGGAUAAAGUGGCUUCAUUCAAAUAAAUUAUUUUUCCGGAAAAAUUAAUCGAAAUGGAAGAAAAUUGUGUAUGUACGACACGAUUAUAAUCUCAAGCACCCUUAAUUACCAUCAUUUAUCAUUUCAAUUAUUUUAGUAUGACUGUUUGCGGCCCCUCUUCGAGGGGUUACUGCAUAGAUAUCCUAUUUAUAUAGAUGCAUAAAUCGAUAGUAAGUCGUGUCAAGCUUGGCGAAUAGUUCCUUCGCCUCGAAACAAAACGUAUUAAUUAUUAUAAUGUUAUUAACAUAUUUGAGUCACAUUUGAUGUGCAGGCGGUGGUUGUUUCCCACGUCAUGACAUUAGGAAAAUUGUUGAGCUUAGACGUAGUAUUUGAUUAAUUUACUGGGAUGUGAAGAUAUUAAUGGUUUUUUUUAAUUCCUGGAAAAGGGAGUGGAGGGACGGAUUGUUAAGGAGUAAUUCGUUAAUUGACCCGAUUAGGGAUUAGGAGUUAUUGAAUAAUUGGAAAAACAUGAUGAUGGCAAUGCAACAGGGCAUAUCAUCGGCAUUAAUGAGACGCGAUUUAGGUGCCCAUGAAAAUACCAUUAAAUUAUCGAUGAUGUACAUCCAUUUGCACCCAAAGAUCCUGUCCCACUAUCAUCCAACAUUGUUCAUAAUUUAUUUUGGCCAUCUAGAGUCUCAUUCGCCCUUAAAAAUCAAUUAUUUCCAUUGAAAUUAAUAUUAUUCGUGGGAUUAAAAAGUGUUCAAUGAUAUUGGGUUCAUCCAUUGCCAUACAACCACUGUGCAAUAUCAUAAAGGCUGUGUAAUGUUAAAUCCUCGAGUGGCGGUAAUUCCAGUUCAAUUGGAUUACCUGUUCCGAGAUAAAUAAAUUUAAAAAGCGCGAUGUUAAUUUAUGGUCAGCCGGCCAGAUGUGAUUGGUAUUUUUGAUACAUCUGAAAUGUCCUGCGAUGUGCAGUGAUCAGGUCAAAUCAUUCACUAGAUAUUUUCACGUAUAUCAGUACAGAAGAAUUCCAUUACAUAUCAGAUAUCGCGAUUUAGAUAUUCGGAAACAUAAGAGAAUUGAUAUCUAGCUGUUGUUGAUGGUGAGUCAAUACUUAUGAAAUGAACGAUUACGAAAGUGGUUAAGAUUGAUGAUGACACUGUUGUAUGUUUUCUUAAAGCAGUUAAAUGUUCAUCAGGAGUAAGAAACAAAUAAUGAACAGAAUUAUUGACUUUUGUAGGUGAAAAUAACGACUCAAGAGAAUAUUUUAACAGUGUUAUUUAUUCAUCAAAGGAACAAUUGCAAUUGUUAUAAAUUAAUAGUGAAUAUGCCGUGGUUUUUUAUGCCAUGCAUCGAAAAAUCGCUUGUAAAAACAAAUCCAUCGAUUUAUUUUUCCCUGAAAUGUUGGAGGGAUACGAUAAAAUGUGUCACGAGAGUUUAUUGACAAGUAUUGAAGGGAGAGAUGAAUAUUUUUCAAUGUCUCGGUGUAUACUGAGAAAUGUUAACGAACAAUAUGUCAUAUUUUUCCAUGCCACCAUGUAUUUAUCAAUGAAGCUUAUGUUCUAAGAAAGAAAAUGAAAAUUGUAUGAAAUUGUUCCAUUGUUUUGUUUGUAUUCAUGCUGAACCAUGUAUUUGCGUAAAUACGAAGGGACUUAUAAAUGCGUGGAAAGAAUAAAAGAGGGUUUUUUUCUUUUUC